UGGUGAAAAGGCCGGAAUAGCAAGUUCACGAAAAAUAAAGCGAAAGAUCAUUGGAAAAAAGGGGGAUGGCUACGUACGAGAGUUUGGAUCUAAGCCAACAGAAUGGGCCGCGACAGAAGGUGGUGCUCAGUGGAAAAGAAAAAAAGACACCAAAAUUAUAAAAGAAAGUGGAUUGAAUUUACCAAAAACUUUGAAAGACAUUUUUAUCA